AUGGAUGCCCACAUCCGUGCCCACGUCGAUGCUCUCCCCAACCUCCCUCCCAUUGCCGACCCAGCCAAGCUUCGCACAGCGCUCGAGUCCCUACCCACGUCUCUACCUGAACAUGGAUGGGGAGACUCGCGCACGCUCGAAUAUCUUACGGGCAGCAUAGCUGGCGGACUGGCGCAGGGUCAAGCCGGGCCUCGGUAUUGGGGUUUCGUAACGGGCGGGGUGCUACCCAUCGCUCAAGCUGCGGACAACCUUGUUACGCUGUACGAUCAGAAUGUCCAAGUGCACUUGCCUUCUCAGUCGAUCUCGACCGUGAUCGAGUCUCGGACCCUGGAGCUUCUCCUUUCCCUCCUUUCCCUCAACCCGACCAACUUUCCAGGCCGCACUUUCACUACCGGUGCAACAGCCUCCAACAUUCUUGGGCUCGCUUGCGGUCGACAAUGGGCAAUCGCCAAGGCACAUCCGGGCUAUGAUGUUGCCGAAGACGGCUUCGGGGGAUUUGGAUGCAAGGUUCUUGUUGCCAAAACGCAUGCCAGCUUGAUCAAGGCAGCGAGCCUUGUCGGGAUUGGAAGAAAGAAUGUUAUUGAGUGCGGUGUAAAAGUUGAUCAGGAUGGAGGGCUGCCGUUCGACCUUCAAAAGAUGGAACUUCUUAUGCAGGAAUGCAAGCAGCGAGGAGAUGGUAUUAUUGUAUCUCCUGGAUUUGGAGAAGUGAACACAGGAGGGUUCACCCCCGAAAUUCCGAAGAUCCGAGCACUCUGCGACAAGUAUGGUGCCUGGAUGCACAUCGAUGGCGCAUUUGGCGCCUUUGCCAAGCUUGUACCGGAUUUGCAGAGCUACGUGGAACAUUUGGACCUUGCUGACAGCAUAACGGUGGACGCACACAAAUGGCUCAAUGUGCCAUAUGAUAGCGCCGCUUUUUUCACCCGUCACGUGAAUGUCCUCCCGUCUGUAUUCGGUCCGUCGCCAAGCACGGGAGGACCAGCAUACCUAGCAGCUGGUUCCGCAGGAGCAACCUAUCCUGCACUGGAUGCUGUCCUGUCUAUCCCCUCUCCGCUCAACGUCAACAUAGAAAAUUCCCGUAGAUUCAGAGCUCUACCGGUGUUCGCCGCACUGCUGUCCCUUGGUCGAGAAGGAUAUGCAGAGCUGAUUCAGCGAAAUGUUGGUUUCGCGCGUGUUCUGGGAAAAUACAUCAGCACCCACGGGUCCUAUGAACUACUCAACCCUGGAAAUCAGGUUGCGCUCAAUAUCGUGCUGUUUCGAGCGAAAAACUUGGACAGUGGAGAGUUGCUUCGACGGAUCAAUGCCUCGGGCAAGAUCUACGCGAGUCCCACGAGCUGGGCAGGUCAGGGGGCGGUUCGGAUCGCUGUGAGCAAUUGGAUGACAAAGAUGGAGGCGAUUGGGGACGGCAAGAGUGAUCUCGAUACUGCAAUAGAGGUGUUAGACGCUGCGGUGAAGGAUGUUUAA